UGGAAUUUUAUGAUAGUUAUAUCUUCUUUCCUGAUUAUAUGACAAUUGUAUUCUAAUUGUGCUCAGAUUUCAUUUCAAUUUUUCUAAUUGUAUUAGAAUUUAUUUUAAUUAUCCCAAUUUAUUCCAAUCAGACUAUAGCAUUAUUUCAAUGUAAUUUUCUGAAUAAAGCUGGAAUUGUUUCUCCCAGUCGAGUUCAUGAAACCCCACGUAGCCCUCACGGGUCCCCGGCUCCUUCUACCUUAGUUCUCAAGCCUGUUUUCAGAGGCAGCUUGUCCUGGGGAGCAGAAGGCUGCCUUGAAGUCAGCUGAGCUGGGCUCCAACCAGGCUCUGAAACCUACACAGAGUUGGGUGCCCUUGUCAGGUUCCUGAUCUGUCUAGACUUUUUCCUCUUCUCUUCUAAAGCAGAGGCUGACUCUCCGGGGUCCUUCCUGCCCCAAAGCUGUGGCUCUGUGAUAUGGGACCUACUAGAGGGUCCGUUCAUGUGUGGGUGCCUCCCCUGGUCACUCCUGCCAAGUAAUCUCUCCACUUCCCAGGAGACAAGCCCCGGCUUCCUUUCCUGGGGAGGCGUGUUUUUACUCUCUGGAGGCAUGUCCUGGCUGAGGGCGGCGGGGUGGGGCACGGAAGAGAGGCUCGCACUUCCUGGAGCUCUCACUGGCUGGCUCACAAAACCCCGCCCUCUCAGCAAACCCAGGGAACUGACACAGCUCAGGCUUGAUCUCUCCCUGGAACUCUUGGUCCUGGUGGCCCCUCUGCUGCUGCUGUUGCUGCUGCUGUAGAAGAACUCUCUAGGCUGGGCUGGCCUUGGUGCUGGAGCUGGAGGAGGAUGCAGCUCCCUCUAGGAAACGUGCUCCCUUCCCUGCAGACCCUCCUCCUCUUCUCUGCCAUUCUCCUGAUCCUGGCCAGUUAUGUGCAGAGGAGGAGGAGGAGGCAGCAGUCUAAAUACCCCCCGGGGCCUCUUCGGCUGCCCAUAUUUGGCAACGUCUUCGAGAUAGACAUUAAAAAACCCCAUAUCAGCAUCCAGGAGUGUGUCAGGAAAUAUGGAAAUAUUUUCUCCAUGGAUCUGCUCAGUGCUCCCAUGAUAGUUGUAACUGGAUUGCCACUGAUAAAGGAAGUCCUAGUCAACCAAGGCCAGGUGUUUGUUGAUCGCCCCAGAUCUCCUUUGCAAUCUUACAUCUUUAAAAUAAAUGGCUUAUUCAUGUCUAAUGGUCAAGAGUGGAAAGAUCAAAGAAGAUUUACCUUAAUGACCCUAAGGAAUUUUGGUUUGGGAAAGAAGACCCUUGAACUUCGGAUACAAGAAGAGGCCAUAUAUCUCACUGAGGCUAUCAGAGAAGAAAAGGGAAAGCCCUUUAACCCACACUUUCAGAUCAACAAUGCUGUUUCCAACAUCAUCUGUUCUGUCACUUUUGGGAAUCGUUUUGAAUACCAUGAUUCUCAGUUUCUGGAGCUACUGAAGAGCUUGAAUCAAGUCUCGGUGCUUCAAGCCAGUUGGGAGUGUCAGUUCUUCGAUAUAUUUCCUAGGAUAAUGAAACUCUUACCAGGAGCUCACAAAAAACUCUUUAGAGAAUUCCAGAAACUAGAGUCUUUUGUAGUCCAUGUGAUCAAAAAACACAAGGAAGAUCAAAACUCGGAGGAAGCCCAGGACUUCAUUGAUGCUUACCUGAAGGAGCUGUCCAAGGGUAAUAUCACCUCUAGUUUUAAUGAAAACAAUUUAGUUGCAUGCACCCUGGACCUCUUCUUUGCUGGAACAGAGACAACUUCGACCACUCUGAGGUGGGCUCUGCUGUAUAUGGCCUUUUAUCCAGAGAUCCAAGGUAAAAUACAAGCUGAGAUUGACAGGGUGAUUGGCCACUCCCGGUGGCCCACCAUGGCUGAUAGAGAAAAUAUGCCCUACACUUAUGCAGCCAUCCAUGAAGUCCAGAGAAUGGGCAAUAUUGUUCCUCUCAAUGCACCAAGAGUGGCCACAGUUGAUACCACACUGGCAGGAUACCAUGUGCCAAAGGGGACCAUGCUGCUGACCAAUCUGACUGCCUUGCACAGGGACCCCAAGGAGUGGGCUACCCCUGACACCUUCAACCCUGAACACUUUCUGGAGGACGGUCAGUUUAAGAAAAAAGAAGCCUUUCUGCCUUUCUCAGCAGGGAAGAGGGUCUGCCUGGGGGAACAGCUGGCUCGGGCUGAGCUCUUCAUUUUCUUCACUUGCCUGCUUCAGAGAUUCACAUUCCAGGCUCCCCCAGACACCCAGCUGAGUCUGGACUUCCAAGCUGGCAUGACCCUCUCACCGGUCUUCUACCAAAUCUGUGCCCUUCCUCGGGAGACAGAGCCCAAGUUGAUUCUAUAACGGAGCCUUCCAAGGGCAUGAGAAAGGAUCUGGAAUCAACUUCAUUCUCCAUGGUCAUCCAUUCUGCCCUUUGGAACUAGGGUAGGGAAAGGAAAAAAUGUUAGGGAAGGGAGAAGAGCGAAACAGACAAAUAGAGGAUAGCUAUUGCCAAAUUUGAAUCUCCCUGCUAUUAAAACAGAGAGACAUUAACAACACCCAAGGAAAGCAGAGUUUUUAUUGCAUUUAGAGGUUGAGGAUCUGGCUCAAAUCCCUGCUGUGCUAAUUACUAAGUUUGAGUGACCUUGAUUCACUUAAAUCUUUCCCUGACUCAGUUUCCUCAAAUGUAAAAUGUGCAAGAAGCUCUCUAAGGUCUCUUCCAGCUCUAUAUCUAAAACCUUUUAAUGAUAUGAACAGUGAGAGAGCCAAAGCUUUUACUCUCCCACCUCAAGCAUUGGAGUCAAAGGAUAUUGAUAUUUGGUUGGUUGUUGGUAACUUGUCUUCUGCUCUUAUAACUCAUGUAAUAAAAGUGGUUUUGGUGGAGGUUUCACAGAGUUUACAUGAGUUCCAGGAGCUUUCUGUAUGCUAAUGGUGAGAAUCCUUAGAGAUUGUAAACUUUUAGUGGUUAAGUAUUAUUUUUAUUAUGUCUUUUAUUAUGCCUGGGGGCAGUGCCCUUGAAUGGAGAAGGAGCCUAAGCAAUGCUUUUUGAUUUUUUCAUCUCUAAAUCACUAAUGUUUUUCUGAAAAUAUUCAUUUUUAUUAUUUCCUUUGAUUUUCACAAUCUAUUAAAAAACCUUGCUAUGGUUAAUAAAUCAUAAUAAAAAUAAUAAAUAAUAAAAUAAACAUAAUUAUCAAUUACAGUCACCUAGGGAUAAGAACACUCACACUUCCAGAAAAAAAAUAUGUAUAUAUAUAUAUAUAUGUAUAUACAUAUAUAUACAUAUAUAUAUAUAUAUAUAAUUUAGUCUCAAGCAAAAGUCUCUGUAUCUAACUAAAUUAAGAAUUUAGUCCAAGAAAUUAUGAGUUAUAAUUGAAAUGUGUGCAUGUUAUUAUAAUUUUAAGUGUGUGCUAUCAUGUUAAUGAUAAAUAAGUUACUAUGUUAAUCAUAGGGGAGCCAUCUGACAGUGUGUUCUAAGCAAGCUAACUGAUACAAGAAUUUAUAGAAAGCAGUCACCAAAUGGUCAUGGAGGUCUGCAUGCCUGCCAGGUUUGGAAGAGACUUGAAAGAUCCACAAAUGGCCUCCAAGACAUCUUGAAUACUUUUUUGCAGAGGAAAGGAAGAUGGGGAUGGAUAGAAUACUAUAAGAUUAUGUGUGUUUUGCAAGAUAUGCUUUCAGGUUUUGACAUGGGGGGGAACCUGUAGACAGACCCUGUGAUUUCUCUCACAAAAAAGCCAGAUCUUUAUCCAGAAAGCUCCCCCAGCAUCCUAUUUUUGUAAGUAUUAUCAAUAUAUUGUUCCCUAUUCCUGUGAAGGUUCCCACUUCUUGUCAGAGAUGCUUGCACAAGAUAGAUUUCCAUAAUGAUCAUGGAAACUCUUUUAAUACCCAACCAAUCAGAAAACUCAUGUAACCCAAGAUCAUGAUGCUCAAAUUAUUUAUGAUCCCUUUAUUCCCCCUUUAUACCUUUAAAAGUGAUCUAUAACUUCAGGAUGAGGUCUUUGUAACAACUUAUGUUGUCUUUGAUCCAUUUAAUUGUCAAAUUGCUAAUAAACUGAUUAUGAUCAAAAUA